AGAGAUGAUCAUGUCUGCUGAGAUAUCACAGGCACACAUUUCUCAUGGGCAAGCUGUUUUGCUUCCUUCUCUUUCCCAUGUUCAAUGGGCUUCAGUCGAACCAAACUUGAAAGGUUCUUGCAGAUCCAGGCCCAGGUCGAAAACCCCACAUUAAAACCUUUCACUGCUUCGCAUGGCAAUUCUGCUGUCGUUCUUGGUGCAUCCCAUUUAUCAAUCCAUGGCUACUUCGUCGCUGCUGAUGCGCAAGACCCUGAAAUCUUUUCGAAAUCCCUCCUCCAUCUUGGCGUCCCUGACCACCCAUUCCCGGCGGCUCAGCUCCACCGUCGCCGCCCAAACCCAGCCCGACAGCCCGUCUUCCUCCUCCUUCACGUUCUCCGCCGACGACGCAAUAUAUGUCAAGGCUCCGAGCCCGAAGCCGGCGUCCGCCUCCGACCCAUCUUCGGUGACGAUGCCGAUGGCGUUCAUGACGGGGUCCAUCGUGGGGAGGCGGUUCUACAAGCAGGUGACGACGAGGGAGGCCGACGAUGGGAACGGCUGGACCGUGAUGCUCGAUUACAGGACCCUGAAGACGCCUUCCAAGAGGGCUCUCAAGCUCCCGACCCACGCCCUCGCCAAGGCCAUUGCUGCCGAGUGGGAGUAUCAGAUGGGAUAAGGCCUUUCACGAUGCCUCUGAUGAAACUCGCUUGCACGGCACUGGAGAGAGUUCCGCUUACCCGGCCGAAGAUCAUUGAACACCUGAUGAAGAAAUUCAAUCAAGACCUGGUCUUCUGCCGCGCGCCGGAGGACAAUGUCUUGACGAGUGAUGUUCACGAUAGGCAGGUGGAGAAAAUUGAUCCUUUGCUCGAUUGGUUGAAGUCAGAAUUUGGAUUUAAGCCUGUUCUGUACUCGAGCUUUUUCGGCGGCAAGCAGGAUGAGGGGUUGAUAAAGGCUAUAGAAAACCUUCUGAAGAACACCGAUGACUGUGAACUGGCGGCGAUUGAUGCUAUGGCUGCAGCAGCGCACUCUUUGGUCAUUGCUCUUGGAAUUUUUCGUGGAAAAUUGCAGAUUGAGGGAGCUAUUGAGUUAAUCAGACUUGAAGAAGACUUCCAGGUGGACAGGUGGGGUCUAGUGGAAGGCGGUCAUGAUGUUGAUAUUGCGGAUCUCAAGGUGCAGAUAUCAUCUGCAGCUGUUUUUCUUGCACUCUCAAGAAGGAUUUAGUUCUAGUGCUCCCGAUCCUUCAGAUUUCGUUAUAACUUUGUAGUGUGAGGCGCAGCAUUUGUCGCUUUAGUUUUUUAUACUCGUUCUGUUUAUAUGUCUAUGGGCAACCAAACAAUUUGUAACAAUAAAAUUUUUGCCUGGUUUGCGAAAUGAGAUACUGUACUUAAAUGAUCA